CAGAUAACAGUUUGCCAGUUAACGUUGUGUAAAAAUACUUAUUUUCAUUGGAAAAACCAUCUAAAAGGCGUAUAGAAAUAUGAUUGAUAUAACAGUUUUCUUCCAAUUUAGAAAAAAAUAAGGUGAAACUAUUUUCAUAUGCAGAAGAAUAUACAGAUAUAAACACACAGAAAAAAGACUUAAAUUGAUCUAUUCAGAAUGGCAUGCAAUUUUACAAAAGGAACGAAUACAAGUUUGAGCGAAAUAGAAUACCAAGAAUUUCUGGACAGCGACAUCCCAGCUACAAUAUUCCUCAUAUUUCUAUCGGUCGUAGGAACUGUUGGCAAUAUACACACGAUAUUAGUAUAUCUGUUAUUACCGAUCAUGGCAAAAUAUUCCGUUCGAGUUUUUAUCAUUUGGCUUGCCUUUAUCGAUCUUACAGCAUGUUUGUUUUGUAUGCCUUUUGAGAUUUUUGAUAUUCGAUACCACUACACAUUUUCAUCUGACGGUGCUUGCAAAUUCUUUCAAUUUCUUAAUCAUAUUGUUACAGGUGCCUCCAGCAUAUUAUUGACUACAAUUUCUAUUGAAAGAUAUAAGACAAUUGUCAAGAACUUGCCAAUAUUAAUUGCUAAUUUAAAAAGGUCAAAUGUCAUAUCUGCUGUUCUGGUUGGAUUAUCCAUGAUAUUGUCAAUUCCAGUAUUAAUAUUUUAUGGUCUGAACGAAAAAGAAACAAAUCUUUUUGGCCUAACCUGCAAGGAUUGCAGGCUUCUCCUAAAGUAUCAAAAUAUACGUCAUACAGGAGUUUAUUACAGUAUAACAUUACUUAUAGGUUUAGUUUGCGUUGUCUUGUGCAUCGUUUCAUAUGGAAUAAUAUUGUGUAAAAUUAAUACUCGAAAAGAAUGGAGGAAAUCAUUAGGAAAGAAACCAAUUCCGUCUGGCAAUUCAACUAUGGAUACUAGAUCGGAAACCACCCAAGUAAUCUCAACUAUUCAAAAUGGAGAGGUAAAAGUGAAUCCAGUGCAAACUGAAAUUCGUGACAGAGCAAAUAGAAAGUCUACUAGUUCGUCACGCAAUCUUCGAAAUGCUAUUCGACUAACUAUAAGCCUCAUGAUAGCUACCGCCGUUUCUUACAUAGGAAAUUUGUUGUAUGUUUUCACGAAAAUGGUCCAAAUGUUGAAUCCUAAGAUGUAUCAAAACAGUAUUAAACCAGUAUCCGAUAUCCUCGUUCGCGGAUAUUUUAUCAACAACGUAUCCAAUCCUAUCGUAUUUUCUCUUUUAGAUAGAACUUUUCGCCAGGAAUGCUGAAAAUUGUAUGAAAAAAUAUCUCGUCGUAAUAAAGCUGGAUAAGGAUAAACCUUCUAUCGAACAAAAUAUAUUUAAUAUAGGUUAUAUGCGGACAUUUUGUGUGACAGGAUCGCGUGAAAAGGUAUAAUUUUACAUGUAGAUCAGUGAUGUUGGACCUUGAACUACAUGUUAACAAUUCAAAACAUACAGUUACGAAUAAAAAAACAAUGUGAGAGAGACUUUUAAACACCACAAGCAGACAUCUCAAUUUUUGUUUUUUUUUUGUUUUUAUUAGUUUUUAUUAUUUAUAACUUCCAAUUUGCAACAUAAUAUACACAAAUAAUAACAAUAUAUAAUAUAUAAAUCUAUUGAUAUUAUCUAAUCAAAUACAUCUUUUUAUUAGGAAGCAAUUUUUUGUUUCAAAUAUACAAAUAUAAGAGUAAAGAUAAAGAGACAUCUCAAAUAUUACCAGUCAGACUAUUCAGACCAAUUUACUUUCUUAUACAUGUUAUACCUUUCCAUUGCCAAUAAAGGUGUCAAGUAC